AAUAUUCUAGAGUAACGUUUCUUCAGCACCACCGUCCCCGCCUCCAGCUCCAAUGGCUGUUACAUCAACAACAGUGCCACCUGGUGCUCGAAGUGCAUCACCAUGUUCGGCAACAUCAAAUGGACCACCAAAUUCGAGAUGUUGUGAUACGGGCCGACCGCUCUUUACAGAUCCUAUCUCGGGACAAACUGUGUGUUCUUGUCAGUAUGAUCAAUCCAUAAUUAAUUACCAAAGACUUGCAAGCGGUAUGGCUGUAGGUGGAGCCCCCGGGAUGCCGUUAUCUAUGUAUAGUGCACCAUACUCUGCUGAAACUAUGGCUGCAUAUUUUCCCGCUUUAGGUGGCGGAGAUCAACCGCCAUUCUAUCCGAAUCCAGCUGCUGCCGGUUUAGAUCUUAAGGACAACUUAGCUGGAGGUCCUUGGCCUUAUCCUCCAGUGUAUCCAGGGUAUGAUGCUGCAUUAGCAGGCUAUCAUUUUAAUGGUUAUCCAAUGGAUUUAAAUGGAGCUCGUCGAAAAAAUGCAACUCGCGAAACGACGAGCACUCUCAAAGCGUGGCUCAAUGAGCAUAAAAAGAAUCCAUAUCCGACAAAGGGCGAAAAAAUAAUGCUGGCAAUCAUCACCAAAAUGACAUUAACUCAAGUGUCGACGUGGUUUGCAAAUGCUCGCAGACGGCUGAAGAAGGAGAAUAAGAUGACUUGGGAGCCGAGAAAUCGUGUCGAAGACGAUGAUGUGAAUUUGGAUGACGACGAUCAUAAAAGUAAUGACGAUAAGGACAUGCUUGAUUCUGGAACUGGAUCAAGUGAAGAUGGAGAUCGGCCUUCACGAAUGGAUCUGAUGGAUCGUCCACCUGGUAAUCAUAACGAAUGGAAUGAAUCAAGAAAUGGAAGUGGUCCAAACUCUCCUGACAUUUAUGAUCGUCCUGGACUCCCACAUCCCCAUCCACUCUUUCAUCCAUCAGCCCUUCACCAUCUCCGCCCACCACAUCAAACAGGUUCACCUCCCAAUCAAACUUCAACUGGUAACACAAACUCAAAUUCGAUUAAUAAACCUCGAAUUUGGUCUCUUGCUGAUAUGGCGAGCAAAGAAAAUAAAGACGAACCUUCGAAUCUUUCUACAAACUCUGGUAAUCCAUAUCACUCUUCACCUGGUAAAAUAAUAUCACCACUUGCUGCUCGCGGUCUUCAUCCGUUACAUCAUCCGUAUAUGAGGCCAGAAUUAUAUCGCAACUUUUAUCCAACAGCUGCACAUUUAGCUGGCAAUCCCCACGAAGCUGCAAUAUUUGAGUCUUAUCAACGAACAUUCGGUCCAUUACAUAAUGGAGUUCCACUGAGUUCAGUUCUGUCAAAAGGUCCACCGUUUGGACCUUUAAGUCUUACAACGUCUCCAUCACAUAACACCCCAACAAUACCACCACCAAGAGCCUCUCCAGCAAGCAGCACAUCAUCGACACAUGAAAAUAUUUCACCCGAGAAGUCUUUACCUCCAUCAACAAAUCCAGUGACACCGAUAGCAAUCAAUGUAACGAAGCCAUGACACUAAAAUCAUAUCCAUCAAGUUCAAUAAGGUGACGACACAAAUACUUUUCGGUUUUUCUUAAAACUUCAAUCAAUGGGACAAUAAAUGAGAUAAUGAUGAAGAAUGUGAUUAUACUUACUUACAUACUUUCAACAAUUUCAUUCUUUUUCUUUGAUUUUCAAUAUUUUGUUCACCUUCAUUUGAUGAAAAUCAAUGAAAAUAAUUCAUAAACUUUAUGAAUAAAUAGUUAAUGACACCAGAAA